AUGGAUAUUAUGAUUCGAAACGAACCGGUGAACGAAGUACAAGCGUAUCAAUACCUCGGAGUUAAAAUGGAUAAAUCCUUAACCUAUGUUGAGCACAAAGACAAGAUAUAUAAAGAAGCUAUGAGAAGAGUUAAACUCCUAUCACGCAUACGACGUGACAUCAGCCCAUUGGUUGCGCAGUCAAUCUACAAAACGAUGAUAGAGCCAAUCCUUUUAUACUGUAAUAAUCUAUUUCUCGGUGACACAGUCAGCUCGAUCGAAAAAUUCCAGAAAGUACAAGAACGAGCUUUCAAAAUUGCUUAUGGCAACAACAUCCAAAAUAAUUGGACAAAGUUGGAAAAAAUCCGAAACAGAUCUUGA